AUCCCAACGAGCAACCGCUCAAAAGUGAAAUCCAGCGUGCAGCGCGGCCUCCGCCAGCGCUUCGUAGAAGCAUACCCGGGCUUCGAACCUUACAUUGAUGACAUCCUGCCGAAGAAAGCUCAGCUCGAUGCUGUGAAACUCCCCGAAAAGUGCACCCUCUACACCAUCGACUCCACACCCCUCUUCUACCAACCGCAAGACGGCCCCCCGAUCCCGCACCUGAAGCUGCUGCACCAGUACCCGACGGCGCUGCCGACGGUGCAGAUCGACCGCGGCGCGAUCCGGUUCGUGCUGUCCGGGGCGACGCUGAUGGCGCCCGGGCUGACGAGUCCCGGGGGCCGGCUACCGGAGAAGGAGCAUGCGUUGGAGGCGGGCCAGGUGGUUGCUGUGCUGGCGGAGGGGAAGGAGACGGCGUGUCUUGUGGGCACGUUGAAGGUGGGCACCGAGGAGAUGAAGAGUAAGGGGAAGGGGGUUGUUAUGGAGGAUGGACAUUAUUUGGGGGAUGGGUUGUGGAGGAUGAGUCUUGAUUAG